UAAUAAGCUGAAUAAAACAAAGAAGUUGAAUUUCGUCCCAGAGGAGCUGUAGUUGUGAUGUCUUUAUAUGGACGGUCUGUGUUGUGAAAUUUUCAAGUGUGGAGAAAAAUAUGACUUCAGAGAUCAAGGUUGAAGUCACUCAGGAGGAAAUAAUUAGACCAUCCUCUCCAACUCCUCACCACCUCAGAAGUUCUAACCUUUCUGUUUUUGAUCAGCUUACUCCUCAAGUUUAUGUCUCCGUACUUCUCUUCUACCCCAGCAAUAACGGGGAUAGCCAUUCUUUGGCUGCUGAAAGGUCCAAGAUUCUGAAAAGGUCAUUAUCCGAAGUCCUCACUCACUUCUAUCCCUUUGCAGGAACAAUCCAAUCUAAGGAUGUUUCAAUCUGUUGCAAUGACCAUGGGGCUAAAUUUUUUGAAGCCAGAGUCAACUGUCCCCUGUCACAGGUUUUUGAUAAACCAGAUCUUGGAAUGCUAAAACAGUUGCAUCCAAAUGCAAUAGAAUCCGGGGCACAAUCAGGCACAGGCCAUCUUCUUCUGGUCCAAGCCAACUUUUUUGAAUGUGGUGGGAUGGCAAUUGUAGUCAACAUUUCACAUAAGCUCAUUGAUGCUUAUACACUCUGCAAAUUCAUUAAUAGCUGGUCUGCAAUUUCCCUCUCCUCGGUCAGUACCGAUCAUGUAGUGCCUCCUGUAGAAUUUGGUGCUGCAGCAUCUCUUUUCCCACCUCUUGAUUUCCUCAGUUCAACCCGAGCUUCUGUUGGCUUUGUCAAGUACAAUUGCAUAACAAAGAGAUUUGUGUUUGAUGCCUCCAAGAUUGCUACUCUCAAGCUUAAAGCUGCCAGUGCCACGGUGCCAAAUCCAACGCGUGUUGAAGUAGUGUCAGCGCUCAUCUGGAAAUGUGCCAUGGAAGCAUCAAGUUCAAACUCGGGUGUCAUAAGGCCAUCCAUAUGGUGUCAAUUUGUGAACAUGAGGAAGAUAUUGCCGCAGUCCCCAGCAGAAAACUUAUUGGGAAAUCUUGUGGGGUACUCUGUAGCAAAGACACAGGAAAGCGAAGUAGAACAUGAUCUUGGAAGCUUGGUUUUUAAAUUGAGGAGGGGCUUUGAAGAACUUAAGGAAAAAUAUGGUAACGGAAUUAGUAGUGAGGAUGUGUUCCAACAGUUCAAUGAGUUAGGGAAGCUCAUUGGAAAGGUUGAUAUAGACAACUAUUGUUUAACCAGUUGGUGCAGGUUUCCCUUUUAUGAAGCUGAUUUCGGAUGGGGAAAGCCAUCAUGGUUGAGUAAUAUCCCUAGCACGGCCGAACUCAAGAACAUGAUUUCAUUGGUGGAUGUAAGUGAUGGCAUUGGCAUAGAAGCUCGCUUGACUUUGAAAGAAGAAGACAUGGCCGUGAUUGAAAGCAACGAGGAGCUGCUUGCAUAUGCUUCUCUGAAUCCGUGUGUCGUGUAAUUAAUUAGUACAGAAAGAUCUACCUCUUCUGGUUUAAUGUAGAAUUAAUAUGAAUGCUAUGUUGGAGUUUUUUCAUGA